AUGAGCGAAAGGACACGGCAAUUAGAAGAUGCGCUGGCAAUAUUGCAGGCGAAAUUCUCAAAUGAGCCUCACCCUCUGCUAGCUUCUAGUCAGGUAACUAGCGAUAGUGUAGAUGACUCCGUCACGAUACAGGAGCAGGCGGAAACAACGUCUCUGGUGUUCAACAAUUUUGGGAUGUUAUCCGUCUCCGAUGGUGGCGCUUCGACGUUCUUUGGACCAACAGGGGGUUCGGAGUAUCUGUUGACUGAUGUCGAGUCUUACGGGUCGCCCGGAGAGGAUAGUGACCUAACUGACUCAAACAGGUCUCCAACCCCUAUCCUACCUGAUGGAUUACUCCGAUUCUCCACCGCAUUUCCCUUCACUCCCAGUGGCUCGACACAGUCGAUAUACGAGUUGAUUCUGAGCCAUCUGCCGCCAUACGAGAGGGCUUGCGCCCUCGCCGACAAAUUCUUGAAUCUCGUCGCUUGGCUAUUUACGUGCAUCUCAAAGGAGCAAGUGGUAGAUGAGAUGAUUCCAUUCAUUUACAGGCGUAUUCCAGACGCUGGCGAUUCACCACCGGUACCAGACUACGGAGGACCUCAUGACUUAGCGCUGCUGCUGUUUGUCUUUGCGAUAGGCGCCCGAGUAGACUUCGAUUGGGAGCCGCACAACGCGGACAAGGAAGCCGAACACUAUGGUCAGCUGGGUCGGGCAGCUAUCGGACUACAGUCUGUCUGGGCAACCCCCGGAGUGACGACGAUACAGGCACUUCAUCUGUCCAGUAUCAAUGACGCGAUGGGUGGGAAUGGACCCGGAGAAAUUAGUAUGGAGAUGUCGUGGGGCACUAUCUCUCUCGCUGCUGCAGUCUCGCAAAGUAUUGGUCUGCAUCGAGACUGCGCCCGGUGGAAUUUGCCUGAGGACGUCGUAAAUAGGCGCCGCGCAGCGUUCUGGAAUAUUUUCGCAGCGGACGCUUGGCAGAGCCUUGGCUCAGGUCGUCCUCCGGCAUUCUCCCGUGAAUACAUUGACUGCAAAUUCCCUCGACCUCAGACCAUUUUAGGAGAAGAGGCUGAUGAAUCGGCCUUCAACACAUUCUUUGUACGUUUUGCAUAUGACUGUGUCGCAGAAGUUGUGGCCAAGACGCUCACGCCGGAACCACCAUCAUAUGAGACCAUCAUGGAGCUCGACCGUCGCGUGCGCGACGUCCAGAUUUCACCGGAAGCAAUUGCUCUCGUGGAAGGGCUCGACUCUCCAGAUGACAUCGACCCUCCACCUGUGUUCACGUCCAUGGAAUCCUUCGUGAAGUCUCACUCCCGGGAAGUUGUUUUACUUUUCAUCCACCGCAGUUUCUUCGCACAAGCAAUCAUAGACUAUCCCCAAAACCCGGCGAGAAGCGAAUACGCUCACUCCUACCUUGCAGCAUAUCGCGCAUCGUCUACAGUUCUGACAACCAUACGGCUUCAAUAUGACCGCCAUCCGAUUCUGUGUGCGCGGAUUUGGCCAGUAUGGACAUAUGGGUUUUCUGCUGCUGUCGUUUUUGCAACAGUAGCCACUCGAGGCCCGAAGUCACCCUUGGCGUCGAAUGCGAUGUCGCAGCUGCACGUGGCUUUUGAGCUGUUCACGGAGGCAGCACGUUAUAGCCGUCGAGCUGCGAAGGCAUUGGCAAUCUUCCUUUCCCAGGUCGUUGUCACAAAACUUAGAGAGAAGGCGCAUUGCUCUAUGACAGCUGCCCAGCCCCACCCAUCGCGGCCUCCUGUGAUAGACAGUGUGUCUUACAGUGUGAAAACUGAGGGUGACGAUGGCGACGAGCUGGAAAUCUUCGCGGGUACAAUGCGGGUGGGGCUUGCCAAGCAGUCACAGUCACCAGAUGUUCCGUUGAGACAACAUUUGCAAACGUCGCAGGCACUGUCUGAAGCUUCGUCUUCUAAGCAGUCCUCGUCGUAUAUUUCUGCUCCACCACCACAAGAUCCGACGCUUGCCUACCCAGUUCCGGGCAGCUCGUCUCAUAGCAGUUGGAUGUCACAGCAGAUGCCUGUGUACCCGUCUCCAGGUUCGGAUCACUGGUACGGACAAAGUGGCUAUCCUCAGUCGCAAGACUACGCAUGGAAUCAGCAGCCUAGCCUUCCCACGUCCCAACAAGGUUCGACUGUGGCUAAUCCAUUUCACCCGCAAACACAGAUGGGGACCUCAGAGGGCUAUCGUCAUCACCUUCAGCCUUACUCGGGUCCUCAUGAAGCCCCAAGCGUUUACCCGGCACCAUACGCACCUCCAGCAGAGCUUGUCGACCUGGGACUAGCUUCUAGAGAGGCGAGCCUUGACGCUAAAUGGGCGUACUUUAUGCACGAAUCCGGAUUUCUGGAUGAUGUGAAUUUAAGGACAUGA